AUGGGCGAGCUCAAGACCCAGUCAGCGAUAAUUAUGCAAGGCCCGAAAAAGGCACACGUUGAGCAUGGCUUGGCCAUACCUUCUCCGGAUGCAUAUGAACUGUUAAUUAAAGUGCAUGCGGUCGCACUUAAUCCGUCUGAUUGGAUGGCACUCGACCAUUUCGGGAAACCUGGUGCAGGAGCUGGCUAUGACUUUGCCGGAGAGGUUGUGGAAAUAGGAGAGAAUGUCAAAUCUCAGUGGGCUGUUGGAGAUCGGGUUGCAGGAUUUGUCCAUGGAUGCCACGCUGCAAAUUAUACAAUUGGGGCAUUCCGUGAAUACCUGAUUGCAGACUCGGAUUUGGUGCUACGCCUCCCGGAUCAUGUCUCGUACGAAGCUGCUUCUACCCUUGGAAUGGGUAUCAGUACAUCGGCUCAAGCUCUGUACCAGUCCUUGAAACUUCCUCUGCCAUCGAAAGAUCCUACUCCGGCAAAUCAGACGAUUCUGAUCUAUGGUGGGGCUACUGCCACUGGCAGCAUCGCAAUCCAGCUUGCCAAAUUAUCCGGACUACACGUCAUCACGACAUGCUCUGAGCAGAGUAUCUCUUGGAUGCGAUCGCUAGGUGCGGAUGAGGUCGUCGACUACAAGCAACCUAAUGCCGUCCAGCAAGUGGUAGAUUGUGUUCAGGACAGUGGCCUCUACGCAAUUCUUGAUUGCAUUGGAAAGGAGAGCACCGCAGACUUCUGCAGCAAGUGUUUCACACCACCCAAAGACCAUGCGUACCAGCCCGAGUACGUGUAUGCGCCUUUAAUGCCACUAUCAAAGGAGUUCCCCAGACCGAGCACAUUACCAUCCUCCGCAAAAAUCCAAAACAAAUGGAAGUUUGUGUACACGUGCUUCGGGAAGCGUUUCACUACCCCCAUGGACCAUCCAGCCAUAAAUGGCACUUGGCAACCCUCUGUUGAAGACAAAGCUUUCAUGGUCACUUUUUACCGGGAGUUUGAGCCUAUUUUGGCCAGCGAGAAACUGAUUUUCAUGCCCCAAGAGGUCCAACUAGGAGGACUACAUACAAUUUUGGAUGGUAUUUCUCUUGUAAGAGCAGGAAAGGUCCAUGGGAAGAAACUUGUGUAUCCUAUCUGA